AUGUGGCACCAUGGUAAAGAUGCAAUGACCAAGAUGUUUGCUAACGUCAGCGUGCUGGUGAAGAGGUUCCCACAUGGGCCCUACAUCCAGGACCACUUCUUUCUGGUCCUGCAGAACGAGUUCCCACCGCUUCUCAUGCUCAGCUUCAUCUGCAUCGAGCUCACCAUCAUCAACUCCAUUGUCCUGGAGAAAGAGAGGAAGCUGAAGGUAACACCAGCUCCUCUGGUGGGUGGCCUCUCCUGGGGCAGGAAGGUUUGGAGGCUGCUAAUGAGAAAUGCCCAGAGUGGGAAGCAGGGCCAGGCAGGUUUAUGCUGUAGAUCUUCAUACAUUAUUUGUGAAUCUCUUUUUGUGUCUCCUUCUGAACUCGUAGCCCAAGUUGCAACUGCUACAGGCGGUGUCACAUUCUUCUUCACCUACCUCCCGUACCUGUACAUCACUUUCAGCUACACGCAGAGGAGUCACCUCCAGAAGAUCGCCUGUUGUCUCUUCUCAAAUGUUGCCAUGGCCUUGGGAAUCCGAUUCAUAUCCUUGUCAGAGGCAAAAGGUGUAGGCCUGCAAUGGAGGAACAUAGGCGGUAUAAAUGGAGACUUUAAUUUCGCUCAAGUGCUGCUGAUGCUACUGUUUGACUCUUUCUUAUAUGGCUUAGUGGCCUGGUACUUGGAGUCCGCCUUCCCAGGGGCGAAUGGUAUACCCAAGCCCUGGUACUUCUUUGUCAUGCCCUCCUACUGGCAAGGAAAACCCAUACCUCCUACUCACUCAAUGCUGCAAAUCAAGGAUUCCAAGGAAGCUCUGAAGGGCGUGUUUAUUCAAGAAGAGCCCAUUGGUUUGAUGAAAGGCAUUGAAAUCCAGCAUCUCUACAAGGUGUUUCACAAGGGAAGGAACAAGAACAUAGCCGUCAAGGACCUGACCAUGAAUCUGUACAGGGGGCAGAUCACUGUUCUCCUGGGACAUAAUGGAGCAGGAAAGACCACCACCUGCUCUAUGCUCACAGGUCUCCUCCCCAUUUCGAGUGGACGAGUUUAUAUCAACGGCUAUGAAAUUUCAGAAGACUUGGUUCAAGUUCAGAAGAGCUUGGGCUGGUGCCCCCAGCAUGACAUCUUAUUUUAUGACCUGACAGUCUCAGAACACCUCUAUUUCUAUGCUCGGCUGAAAGGACUGUCGCUUCAGAAGUGCAGGGAGGAAGUUCAGGAGAUGCUGCACACCCUCGACCUGGAGGACAAGCAGGACUCCCCGAGCAAGUUCCUGAGUGGGGGCAUGAGGCGCAAGCUGUCCAUCGGCAUUGCCCUCAUCGCGGGCUCCGAGGUGCUGAUGUUGGAUGAGCCCACCUCAGGCAUGGAUGCCAUCUCCCGGAGGGCCAUCUGGGACCUGCUCCAGCAGCAGAAGAGUGACCGCACCAUCCUGCUGACCACCCACUUCAUGGACGAGGCCGACCUCCUGGGGGACCGCAUUGCCAUCAUGGCCAAGGGGGAGCUGCAGUGCUGCGGGUCGUCUCUGUUCCUCAAGCAGAAAUACGGUUCAGGAUAUUACAUGACUUUAGUGAGAAAGCCUCGGUGUGACACGGAGGAAAUCGCUCAUCUGAUUUACCACCACGUCCCCAAUGCAGUUCUGGAGGCCAGCAUGGGAGAGGAACUAACAUUCAUCCUUCCCAAAGACAGCACACACAGGUUUGAAUCUCUCUUUUCUGACCUGGAGCGGAGGCAGGAGGAGCUGGGCAUCUCCAGCUUCGGAGCCUCUGUGACCACCAUGGAGGAGGUCUUCAUUCGGUUCUAUCUUUUCUGCCAACAAUUCUAUGCCAUGUUCCUGAAAAGGAUGACAUAUUCUUGGCGCAACUGGACAAUGAUGCUGUCAGUACAGAUCCUGGUGCCUCUGGUGAUCGUUAUAUUCAGCCUCAUGUCAUUCAACCUCAAGGCAUCGAGCAUGGAAAACGUCCCAUUGAAGCUGACUUUGAAAACACAUGGCCAAACUAUUGUUCCAUUCUUUAUUUCUCAGAAUUCCAGUCUGAGCUCACGCCUUUCAAAACACUUUACAGACAUGUUGGAGGCUGAAUUACAGAUCCCUCUGGAGGUCUCGGGUCCGGUGGAAGAGUUCCUACUGCAAAAGGCAGAGGAGGAACCUGAGGGUUUUGACAACCGCUACGUCGUCGCAGCUUCCAUUGAAGACGUCAAAGGCCGUACCGUUGUGACAGCUCUGUUCAACAAUGAGGCAUACCACUCCCCCGCCCUGGCUGUGGCUCUGGUGGACAAUUUUCUAUUCAAGCUGCUCUCUGGUGCCAAGGCUUCCAUUACUGCAACGAAUCACCCUCAACCGCAGACUGCCAUAGAGACCUCUGAGGACAUCCUGUACCAGGGCCUCAAAGUACAUUACCUUGUUAUCAACUUGCUCUUUGGAAUGGCUUUCCUGUCUAGCUCGUUUUCCAUCCUGACAGUCAAGGAGAACUCCAGCAAGGCCAAGCACGUCCAGUUUGUCAGUGGUGUCCAUGUGGUGACCUUCUGGCUCUCCGCCCUGCUGUGGGAUCUCAUCUCCUUCCUGGUCCCCAGCCUGCUGCUGCUGGUGGUGUUUCUAUACUACAAAGAAGAAGCUUUCACCUGCAAUGGAAAUAUCCUGGCUGUCUUCCUGAUGUUAAUGCUCUACGGCUGGGCCAUCAUCCCCUUCAUCUACUUGGCCAGCUUCUGCUUUACCAACACCUGCAACGCUUUUGUUAAGCUCAUCAUAAUGCUCACCUUCCUGAGCAUCGGCCCCUUCAUUCUCGUCUCCGUCACAAGUGAGAAAGAUCUGGGCUACACAACAGUCUCAGAGUCUUUGGAUGAUACAUUCAUAGUAUUUCCAGGCCACUGCCUGGGGAUGGCUUUUUCCAACUUAUAUUACAACUUUGGAUUCAGGAAAUUUUGCAAUGCCAAGAAGUUGAACAAGACAGAUUGCAUUCAAGCUGCAGAGGGAUAUGUGGUCCAAGAGAACGUUUAUGCCUGGGAGUCUCUGGGGAUGGGGAGGUACGUGACAGCCCUGGCCAUCUCAGGAUCUGUGUACAUCAUCCUGCUUUUCCUCAUUGAGACCAACACCCUGAGGAGGCUGAGAGCCAGGGUCUCUGGCUUUUUCAGGAAGCAAAAUUUGGAAGCGAUUCACAGCCUGGCGUUAGUGCCAGAAGACCAAAAUGUGACAGAGGAGAGGAAGGCAGUCCAGUCACACUUGGAAAAUUUGCAUGAGAAGAAUCCACUGGUUGUCAAGGAAAUGUCAAAGGUAUACUUCACGGAGAUGCCCCUGCUAGCCGUGGACAAGGUUUCCUUCACUGUGCAAGUAGCGGAAUGCUUUGGCCUUCUCGGCAUUAAUGGAGCCGGGAAAACGUCCAUUUUCAAGAUGCUGACCGGGGAGGAGCUCAUCACCUCUGGGGACGCCUUUAUCCAGGGCUUCAGCAUCAACUCUGACCUCAGGAAGGUGGGUGCCGCUGGAGGCUGGAAGAAGGGGGCACCAGGACACACAGGGGGAGCAGCCUUUCUCUCUGACCAGCUUCCUGCCUGGCUGUCUGACCCUCAGGUGUGGCAGUACAUCGGCUACUGCCCACAGCUUGAUGCCCUGCUGGACCAUAUGACAGCACAAGAGACGCUGGUCAUGUACGCCCGGCUCCGGGGCAUCCCUGAGUGCUACAUCAGGGCCUGCGUGGACCACAUGCUGGAUGAGUUACUCAUGUACAAGUCUGCAAACAAGCUGGUACAUACCUACAGUGGUGGUAACAAGAGGAAGCUGAAUGCCAUCGCCGCCCUGAUCGGAGACCCUGCAGUCAUCUUCCUGGAUGAGCCAUCCAGUGGCAUGGACCCCAUGGCCCGGCGUCUGCUCUGGGACACGGUGGUGCGGGCCCGUGAGUCUGGCAAGGCCAUCAUCUUCACCUCCCACAGCAUGGAGGAGUGCGAGGCCCUGUGCACCCGGCUGGCCAUCAUGGUGCAGGGCCAGUUCAAGUGCCUGGGGAGCCCACAGCACCUCAAGAGCAAGUUUGGCAGCGGCUACUCCCUGCGGGCCAAGGUCCAGGUCGACGCGCAGAAGGUGGUACUGGAGGAGUUCAAGGCCUUUAUGCACCUGACCUUCCCAGGCAGCAUCCUGGAGGACGAGCACCAGGGGAUGGUCCACUACCACCUGCCCAGCCACGGCCUCAGCUGGGCAAAGGUUUUCGGGACUCUGGAGCAAGCGAAGGAGAUUUAUGCGCUGGAUGACUACGCGGUCAGCCAGGUUUCCCUCGAGGACAUCUUCCUGAGCUUUGCCAGCCCUGCACCCCCCAGCCAGGGGGCAGAUGUGUGAGGCUGAGGGUGGGGAGGUGGGCUGCUGUAAUAAAGACUGCCAUGACCAGUCAGCCAGGUGACAGCCUGCUGCUGCUCCCACCAGUCCACCGUGCAUGGGGUCCCAGUGGGACCAAGUGUAUUCUCGAGGAAGGAAGCCCCUGACUCCCACCUGUGCCUGUGGCCACAUCAAGACCUGCUUCAGAAGGAGCCUUGGAGGAAGCCCUGCCCGGUGCUGUCCAUCCAGGCCGUGUGUCACUCCCCACUCUGUGCCCUGCACUUCCGGGCCUUCCCUGAGUACCUCACAAUCUAGAAAUUUCCAUCAAGUCAUCACACCCUCCUGAAGUGCAGUGAGAAAGUGGCUCAUUGUCCUGGCCUGGGCCUUAGAAGCCCCUCCUGCCAGUGCAGAACAAGAGCACCUGCUUCCUGAAAAAGAAGAAGACUGCCUCUGAAUAAACAGAAUGGUGACAAUUAGGACAUAACGGGGUAGACUGAAGGGCAGGGAGGGCUUUGAGUAACCAGGGAGCUGUUGCAGACUCCAGGGCAGCUGUGAGAACUCAGUGCUGCCUCUAGUUUCUCAGUCCUUUCACAGCCUACCAAAAAUUCACCCUGGGGAAGACAGGUAACAAAGUAACCACCUGUGAAACAGUAACCUACAGAGCCAAGUUGCCACUAACAAGCAGGAGAAGUCAGAGCUGGCUCUGGACUCCCCUCUUUCAGCAGGACGGGAGACACAAGGAGCAGGCCCCAGCAUGCCAGCUCUGUGCUGACCACUCUGCUUCAUCUGCACAUCCGAGUCAGGCAGGGAAGACUCAUCACUUCAGGGUCUCGUCCCCUUGUCUCUUGGGGUCCGCCAGGUCCCUUGUGUCCCCUGUGUUGUGAUUGUCUACUUUGGUGUCCCCUGCUCAAGACUUGCAUGAGGCAUGACACCAUGACCUUUUAUCACAGGCCAAGCUCUCUGCAGAAGUCCAGUGAGCAUGCUGGAGGAAGGAUGGGUGAUGGCUGAUGGAGCGACAGGGUGGGGAGACUCCAUUCUGUCCUCCAACAUCUCACUUCUCCCAGAAGACCCAGUUCCUUUCUCUGACUGAUGCCUUGUGAAGGAGGUGGGAUUUGAGCCGGAUAGUGAAGGACCGGCCUGGGUGAACACAGUUUGAAUGAACGGAGCUGAUCUUGGAAUUUUCCCGGCUGGCGGCCAGCAAGCCAAAGAAGUACCAAGUGUAGCCCCCUGUUUUAGGAAGAGCUCGCAGGGGGCGGUGGGAAGGAGAGACUGAGGACGGACAGGGACAGCCGCUGGUCGGAGGGGGAAUGCGCCCUUGAGGCAGGACAGGGGGUCCAGGGUGAGCCCGGCUACACCAGAAGAAGGACCAAACCUGCUUGCCGAGCUAGUGGAGAGAGGAGACCCCGGGAUUCGGACCCCCAGCUCUCAGCACUUUCCCUGUAGGGAGGAUACCUGCCGACCCCUCCCCAGUGGCUGCGCCACCAAACCAGGGUCCAUGUGUCGGCGUCAGUGCGGCCGGGUGCAGAAUCGAGGGCAGGAACGGAGAGCCCCAGCCCCGGGACAUUGGGCUGCAUGUACGCGCCCUGGAAUUGCCUCGUCAGGGCCCGGCCGGCGCGAACCCGGCCCUCUUGCAGCUCGGCCUCUGCGGCGCUCCCGGCCCUCUUGCAGCUCGGCCUCUGCGGCGCUCCCGGAGGCCCCACGCAGCGGGCGUACCCAGAGGCGCCCUCUCUGCGGCCAGAAGCACCCCCAGCCCAAACUCAAGAGGAACACCCCUCCGGGACCCCAAACCCGGUCGAGGAGGCGGGGCGGCCUCGCAGAACUCACCAGUCAGCGCUCGGCGUUCGAAUUCGCGUCCUGGGGCUGCCAAUCGCGGAC